AUGGCGGUGCCCGGUCGCCAUUCGUGCAGCGUGCGUGCAGCCCUAGUGCCACUGGCGACUAGACGGGGAACGAGGCGCUGCGGAGGCGGAGAGUCACGCUCGACCGCCGCGCCGAGAUCGCUAUCGACGGCGGCGCCCUGCCGCCCAGCGACCGCCGUGUCCUCGCCUAGCGUUCGCGGACGACCCGACCGCUCCGAAAUGGCGCAACGCAGCGGAGGCCGUGACGCCGUACGAGCGAGAGAAUGGCGGCUCCGCGGUACGAGAGGCGAUCGCGAACGUUUCGCAACCUCAGAUGAAUUUUAG